UAUACACCAGUUGUGUUUUUAACAAUGCAUAUGUUACGAGACUUGUAUUUCUAUUUUUGAAGCACGCGCUGUUGCAGUAUGAUUUUGUGCGUAUAGGACGUUGGACGUCGUCUUGAUACGUGAAUUAAGAGUCUGACUUUAAAAUAACAUUGAGAAUAACAACUAUGUCUGUACGAAAAUGAUUCAUUUUAAAUCCGAUGUAUUUCUUAAAAAUGUACUAGCUGAAAUGCACGCGCCCUAUAUCGUUGAAGAACGGAUGAUUUAUAAUAGACGAAGCUGCACGAGACAGGAGACAAUGUGCAUACUCUGCAUACGAUGGAGACGGUGAGUGGAGACAAGAGGAGAUUGAUCAGGACACCGUCUGAUGUCCCGACCAUCAACCAAGAACAUGGACCUUCCGCGGAUGACGUCAGAUCCGUCCAGCGCGGCAUGCCAUGUUUCGUGUACAUCCUCACUGGCUUUUCGGCUCUGGGUGGGUUCCUGUUCGGUUAUGAUACAGGUGUGGUGUCCGGAGCCAUGCUGCUGCUCAAGAAGGAGAUGAACCUGAGCUCUCUGUGGCAGGAGCUGCUGGUCUCCGUCACUGUAGGUGCCGCGGCCCUAUCAGCUCUGGCUGGAGGUUAUCUCAACGGGAUAUUCGGCCGGAGGAUCUGCAUACUGCUCGCCAGCUUCAUCUUUUGUGCGGGCGGUAUUAUUCUUGGCGUUGCACCCAACAAAGAGGUUCUUCUAUUUGGACGGCUUAUAGUUGGGCUGGGUUUAGGUAUUGCAUCCAUGACCUCACCCGUGUACAUCGCUGAGGUUGCCCCUCCUCACCUCAGAGGCCAGCUGGUCACCAUAAACACUCUGUUUAUCACCGGAGGGCAGUUCAUAGCCAGCGUGGUGGAUGGGGUCUUUAGCUACCUGCAACAUGACGGCUGGAGAUACAUGCUGGGGUUGUCGGCUGUGCCUGCUGCAUUGCAGUUCUUCGGGUUCCUCUUCCUGCCCGAGAGUCCUCGCUGGCUCCUGCAGAAGGGGCAAACCGAGAAAGCUCGGCAGGUGCUCGGUCAGAUCCGUGCCGGUGUAAAUGUGGAAGAAGAGUACGAAAGCAUACGUAGCGGCAUUGAGGAGGAGAGGAAUGAUGCUGGUGGCGGUUCAGUGUUGUGGCGUAUGCUGACGUAUGCUCCAGUACGACGUGCCCUGAUCGUGGGUUGUGGUCUACAGAUGUUCCAGCAGCUCUCUGGAAUCAAUACAGUCAUGUAUUACAGCGCUACCAUACUUCAAAUGUCCGGAGUACAGGAUGAUCGGACGGCCAUCUGGCUGGCUUCUGCCACAGCCUUCACCAACUUCCUGUUUACUCUGUUGGGGGUGUGGCUCGUGGAGAGGGUGGGCCGCAGAAAGCUCACUCUGGGAAGUAUACUGGGUACCGCUGCAAGUCUGAUGGUGCUUGCUGCUGGUUUCCUGCUCUCUGCUCGGGCCUCUCCACCUGUGACCUUUCACCCCAGUGACCCAUCUCUCCACAACUCCUCAUGCAAUACAUAUGGGUUCUGUGAAUCCUGCAUGUUGGAUCCAGGUUGUGGUUUCUGUUAUGGGAAAAAUGGCACAUCUGUCAUAGAGUCCUCUUGUCUGCCAGUAAAUGCAGCCAAUACUGAAAGCGCUGCAGUGGGCAGGUGUUUCAACGGCACUCAAGAAAGCACAGGGGCAUUCUGGGCCUAUAACUUCUGCCCAACAUCGUAUUCUUGGAUUGUUUUGAUGGGUUUAAUUCUGUAUUUGGCUUUUUUUGCCCCAGGAAUGGGUCCUAUGCCAUGGACGGUGAACUCUGAGAUUUAUCCGCUGUGGGCUCGGAGUACUGGGAACGCCUGCUCUGCCGGGGUCAACUGGAUCUGUAAUGUUCUCGUGUCUUUGACCUUCCUCCAUGUGGCUCAAUACCUCACGUACUACGGAGCGUUCUUCUUGUACUCCGGUCUGGCUCUGCUGGGCUUUGUGUUCGUGGUGGGCUGUCUGCCGGAGACCAAAGGGCUGCGUCUGGAGGAGAUCGAGUCUCUGUUCGCCAAGAGACUUUGCACCUGUGGCGCCGAGAGUCAGGACGUCCACUACAUCAGGCCUCGGCUGGAGUUGGGAGCAUUGCACUAUAGUACACUGGAACCAGAGGGAGGAAUUGCCUACAUAUCCGUGAGUAUAAGUUUUUGGAGAGUUAACUUCAUUCAAUAUCAAUGGUUUGUGGAAACCCUUAUUUAAAGGGGAAGCUCACACAAAAUAAGUAACAAAGAAAGAUUCAUAAUCCCACAUGGCUCUCACUAAAUCCUUGGUGAUUCGGUGAUCUGUGGGCGUGGUUUGUUGGUUCUUGCUGUUUCGAGUCUUAUGAAACCCUAACCUAACCUCAACUCUCUAAACUACCUAUGGUUCUUAAACGUGCCAACAAACAUGGCUGCGUGAUGCAUCAGUCUUGAAACACAAAGGAUUAAGUGAGAGAUCAUCCCAAAUGCUGAGAGCUGAGUGAACCAACCACAGUGCUUACUUUGUAAAUUCCGAGGUGCCGGAACAAGGGGGCGCGGCAGAUCCGGUGCUCUGUCGAUUUAUGAUACCCUUCAGAUUUUGCUACUCUCGUUUUGUGAUUGGGUUGGGGGAGGGUGACUUAAGUCUUGGGGUUGGGGUAGGGGUUAGUCCUGUUCUGUAUGGAGGUAACAAAAUUCGACAGAACACCCGCACAAAUUAAUCCCUGACUAACCCGAAGUUAAAUGCAUUUAAUUGGCAGAAACACUUCAAGAGAUAACAAAUCAAUUGAUGUCGACCUAUUUGAUUUAUUUGUAUUUUUGUUAAGGGAGUGUUUUUUAAUGCCUGUUAACUAUUUUUCUACUGUAGUUGCAGUAAUGAUGCCCUUGUGUGUGCACAUGAAGAUUUAUUCAUCUGUAAUCUAUACAAGUUGUAAGAUUGUUUUCGAAUCUUACAUUAUUGGGGUGCUUCAUAUGACUUUAUAUGUGAUGGUUUUUGUCUUAUUUAAAAAUAUAUUUUUAAGAAUGUAUCAAAUUGAUUUAUUAAUAAAAAUAUGUUGUCUCUAAUACAAAGAAAGCACAGUUAAAUACAAUAGAAGCAUAUUUUUUUAUAUUUUAGCCAGCAUUUGAUUUAUUUUCAAGGACAUAGAGGGAUACAUUUUUGACCCCAUACGGUUUUAAAUUGCUGCUUUUCUUUAUUUCCAAUCUGUGCAAUGAUGUAUUUGUAUUUUCAUAUUAUAAAUAAAUAAAAAUUAUGUCGGUGGAUGUGUUA